UGAAUUACAAAGUAUAUUAUAAAUAUUUUUAAAGCACUUAUGACAUUUUUUAAACAUUAAAAAGUUUUUCCUUGCAUUUCUUUAUGUGGUCCCUAACCAGCUUAACUUAAAACUCCACUGGUGUUUGUAAUCCUUUCUCCCCCGCUUCUCUUUUUCAAUAUUGUCACCCCGUAGAAGUGACUCGACGUUUCAGUGUCAUCAGCGAGGCUUUGAAAUUCUAAAUCAUGGAGACCAAUCAGGAAACUUCCCUCUUCUUGGUGAAGAUCUUGGAGGAACUGGACAGCAAGCAAAAUACCGUUUCCUACCAGGACCUGUGCAAAUCCCUGUGCACCCGCUUUGAUCUGUCCCAGCUCUCCAAACUGAGAAGCGUGCUCUUCUACACGGCUUGUCUCGAUCCCAAUUUUCCAGCCACGUUAUUCAAAGACAAGAUGAAAUGCACCGUGAACAACCAGCAAUCGAAGAAAAUCAUGGUGGCGGCAGAUAUCGUGACGAUAUUCAACCUCAUCCAGAUGAACGGGGCUACGGCCAAGGAGAAGCUCCCCAGCGGCCGGCAGAAGAUGCGCAAGAAGGAGGCGUCCUUUGACUUGGGCCGCUCGGACACGGAACUCUGCACCGCGGCCGAGUGUGAGUCCCUCAGCUGCGAGCUGGGUGACCAGCCUUUCAGCCGGGGCUACCCCACCCGCCAGUCUUCCAAGUGCCGCAAGAUGGACUGCAAGGACUGCCCGCAGUUUGUACCCGCCUCCGAGCCCAACUUCCUGCUGGGGGUCAGCAAAGAUGUGAAAACCCGGGCGGCGUCCCUGGACAGGCUGCAGGCUCUGGCCCCCUACUCGGUGGCCAGCCCUCAGCCCUGCGAGAUGCAGAGAACCUACUUCCCCAUGAACAUUGAGAGCGAGUCCAUGUCUGAUCAGGACUCCCUGCCCCUCACCCAGGGCAUCAAGGAGACUUUCAUUUCUAAUGAAGGGCCCUUCGUGGUCCAGUCCUGCGUCCAGAAAAGGAACAUCUUCAAAGAGGAGUUUCACAACCUGAUGACUGUGUCCCCCGAGUUGGCCAGUCCCGCUAACAAGGCUGAGGGCGAGCAUGGGAAACCCCAGGGCCGAAAGGAGUCCCACAAGACACCCUUCCCCAAUCACAGCUUUGAGAUGCCCUACAACAGCCAGUACCUGAAUCCCGAGUACUCCCCUGUUCCCGACAAAAGGCGGGCAAAGCACGAAAGCUUAGAUGACCUUCAAGCCUCCACGUAUUUUGGGCCCACUCCAGUGAUGGGGAACCAGGAGGCCAGGCGCUGUCCGGGAAGGCCAGGCAAGCAGACCCCCUGGCCGGCCAAAAGCUGGAGCCUAAACACGGAAGAAGUUCCUGACUUUGAACGGUCCUUUUUCAAUAGAAAUCCCUCCGAGGAGAAGCUCUGCUAUCCAAAUCCCAGCAGCCAGACCCCCAACUUCCCAACCCCAGACAGGCGCCCAGCUUACCUCAUGCCGCAGGAGCAACAGCCAAUACUCCCCGUUGGCUACGCGGCCAAGCCGAACGGGCUCAAAUCUAAAGAGAUCUCGUCCCCCGUUGACCUGGAGAAGCAUGAACCGGUCAAGAAGUUUAAAGACAAGAGCAUUAGCUGCACCAGCAGGCAGCUCAGCUCAGACACCAGUAGCGUGGGCACCCAGACCGAGCAGCACGUCCUGGAGCCCAAGAAAUGCAAAGACUUGUGUGCUUCUGGGCAGGGCAAGUACAGUGACAGGCACGCCAUGAAGCAGUCAGAUGACGACUCGGAAGUUGUCAGUGAUGACAUCAGUGACAUUUUCCGAUUUCUUGAUGACAUGAGCAUCAGUGGCUCGACGGGAGUGAUGCAGUCAUCCUGCUACAACAGCACAGGAUCUUUGUCUCAGCUUCACAAGUCGGACUGUGACAGUUCACCGGAGCACAACCUAACCAAAAUCGCCAACGGGCUCCCCGGCAGCAAAGGAGAAAAGGGCAACCGGCCUGAAAACAGCCACCACUCAGAAGAGGAGUUGAAGACCAGCGUGUGCAAACUGGUGCUCAGGAUCGGUGAAAUUGAACGGAAGCUCGAAUCGCUGUCGGGUGUCCGCGAGGAGAUCUCCCAGGUCCUGGGCAAGCUCAAUAAACUGGAUCAGAAGAUACAGCAGCCCGAGAAGGUGAGUGUGCAGAUAGAUCUGAAUUCCUUGACCAGCGAGGCUCCAUCCGAUGAGAGCGCCUCUCCCCGGAUGUUCCGUGCACACAAUGGCUCCCACGGGCCCAAGGUGGAGAACUCGGCCGACUGGUGCUGCUCAGACGCCAGCGGAAGCAACAGCGAAAGUCUUCGUGUCAAGGCAUUGAAGAAAAGCCUCUUCACCAGGCCAUCCUCCAGGUCCCUGACGGAGGAGAACAGCGCCACAGAAUCCAAAAUCGCCAGCAUCUCCAAUUCGCCCAGGGACUGGCGCACCAUCACUUACACCAACCGCGUGGGCGUCGGAGAGGAGGAUGUCAAAGACAGAGGCCCUGGGGAGAGUAAGGACUGGCAUCGAAAAUCUAAAGAGGCAGACAGGCAGUAUGACAUCCCCCCGCAGCACCGACUGCCCAAGCAGCCCAAAGACGGCUUCCUGGUGGAGCAGGUGUUCAGCCCUCACCCCUACCCCGCCUCCCUCAAGGCCCACAUGAAGAACAACCCUCUGUACACAGACAUGCGGCUGACGGAGCUGGCGGAGGUGAAGCGGGGCCAGCCUUCCUGGACCAUCGAGGAGUAUGCUCGCAACGCGGGCGAGAAGGGCAAGCUGACAGCCCUGGACCUGCAGACUCAAGAAUCUUUAAACCCAAACAACUUAGAAUACUGGAUGGAAGAUAUUUAUACUCCAGGCUACGACUCCUUGCUGAAAAGGAAAGAAGCCGAGUUCAGACGAGCCAAGGUCUGCAAGAUCGCUGCUCUGAUCGCUGCAGCCACGUGCACAGUCAUUCUGGUCAUUGUCGUGCCCCUCUGCACAAUGAAAUCAUGA